AUGUGGGCCCAGCUCCUUUUGGGGAUUCUAGCCUUCUCCCCAGUCAUCACUGAAAAAUUCCCAACCUACCUGGUCACGUCAGCCCAGCUCAACUUCCCCUCUACUCAGAGGGUCUGUUUGGAGCUGAGCCCUGGAUAUGAUGAUGUCAAGUUCACGAUUACCCUGGAGACCAAGGACAAGGUCCAGAAGUUGUUGACGCACUCGGGAUCCAAGAAGAGGCAUUUAUAUUGCAUUCCUUUUCGGCUUCCUGUCCCCCCACCUGCGGGUGGCAUGGAGGAAGUGGCUACAGUCCGCAUGUCAGCCAGAGGAGAGAACAUCCACUUUGAGGAGAAGAAGAAGGUUCUGACAAGGCAGGGGAAUGGAAUUUUCAUACAAACUGACAAGCCUAUCUACAGCCGAGGACAGCAAGUGCUCUUCCGCAUCGUAACCCCCAGACAAUUUGCUCCAGUGAAUGAGAAGUACUCACUGGUGGAACUGCAGGAUCCAAACAACAACCGGAUUGCUCAGUGGCUGAACGUGGAGCCCGAGCAAGGCAUUGUAGACCUGUCCUACCAGCUGGCACCAGAGGCCACACUGGGCACCUACACAGUGGCCAUAGCAGAGGGCAAGGCCUUUGGCACCUUCAGCGUGGAAGAGUAUGUGUUACCCAAGUUUAAGGUGCAGCUGGUGGAACCCAAGCAGUUAUCUACAGAAAUGAAAUUUUUGCCAGUCAAGAUUUGUGGCAGGUACACCUAUGGCAAACCCGUGAAUGGCGCAGUGCAGGUUUCUGCAUGCCAGAAGGCACAUACUUACUGGUAUCCAGAGGAAGGACAGGAGCCACUACCUGACAAAUGCAAGAAUCUCGCAGGACAGACAGACAAAACCGGAUGCUUCUCAGGUUCUGUGGACAUGAGCACUUUCAACCUCACCGGAUACACAUAUAGCCACAGCAUCAACUUUGUGGCCACUGUGGUGGAGGAUGGAACUGGUGUGAAGGCCAAUACAACUCAGGAGAUCUACAUUUCCUCACAGUUGGGAUCUAUGACCUUUGAAGACACCAAUACUUUCUAUUACCCCAAUUUCCCCUUCAGAGGGAAGAUAAGAGCAAGAGGCCAUGAUGGCGCCCUCCUCGGAAAUCAUGACGUAUUUCUGGUGAUUCGUGUCUCAGACAAAACCAUCAAUAAGACCCUCACCACCGACAACAAUGGCCUCACCUCCUUCCAGUUGGACACGGCUCCAUGGAAUGCAACACAUGUUUCUCUGGAGGGCAAGUUCUCCUUGGAGGAUGAAGUUUAUAAUCCCGAAGUGGUACCUAAGUACUACCAGAAUGCCUUUCUGUAUCUGCAACCUUUCUACACCACCACCCACAGUUUCCUCACCAUACGCCAGCUCGAGGGUCUUUUGAAGUGUGGUCAGCCCCAGGAAGUGUUUGUGGAUUAUUACAUCAAUGCCAAAGAUGUCGGCCAGGACCAAAACAUCGUCUUCUCCUAUUUUUUAAUUGGGAAAGGGAGUUUGCAGCUGGAAGGACAGAAACACUUGAACAUUAAGAAGCAAGGACCAAAAGGUUUCUUUUCUCUCACACUGACCUUCACAUCCAGAACAGCUCCUGACCCUUCCCUGUUGGUCUACUCCAUCUUCCCCCAGGGAGGUGUGAUUGCGAACAAGAUACAGUUCUCGGUGGAGAUGUGCUUUGACAAUCAGGUAUCCCUGCACUUCUCACCUUCUCAGCAGCUUCCAGGAGCAAGAGUGGAACUUCAGAUGGGGGCAGCGCCAGGGUCUCUGUGUGCUCUCCGGGCUGUGGAUGAAAGCGUCUUACUUCUCAGGCCAGAGCGUGAAUUGACCAACAGCUCUGUCUAUGGGAUGUUCCCCUUCUGGUAUGGUAACUACCCAUAUCAGGUGGCUGAAUAUGACCAGUGUCCCACAGAUGGCCAGUGGGACUCUCCACAAGCCGCGGUGGAUCCAGAGCCUCAGGAGCGCUGGAGCAAGAGAUCUAUGAUCUGGAGACCAUGGGUUUCAGAAGACAUGGAUGUCUUCAGUAUCUUCAGGGGUUGUAGCCUGAAAAUCAUGUCAAAUACCCACGUCAAGAAGCCUGUAAAUUGCUCUCAACAGCAUCACAAAUAUAACUCUGCCUUUGGUGGAGGAGGUUUUUCGACAACCUCGACAACCUCAUCACUACCAGUGUCUGAAGGGUCCCAGAUCCGCCAGUAUUUCCCAGAGACGUGGAUCUGGGAUCUGUUUUCAGUUGGGAACUCCGGAGAGGAGGUGAUUCCCCUGGUGGUCCCCGACACCAUCACCCAGUGGAAGGCCAUGAUUUUCUGCACAUCCUCAACCAACGGCUUUGGUCUGUCCCCCACUGUGGGCCUGACGGCCUUCAAGCCCUUCUUUGUCGACCUGACUCUCCCCUACUCAGUAAUUCGCGGGGAGGCCUUCCGCCUGACGGCCUCCGUCUUCAACUAUCUGAAGGAGUGUAUCAGGGUUCAGACUGAACUGGCGGCAUCAGAUGACUACCAAGUAGAUUCGCAACAGGUCUCGCAGGCCUCCAGCUGCCUCUGUGCGAAUGAAGCCAAAACUCUUCACUGGGACAUCACUGCUGUGCAGCUGGGUCACAUCAACUUCACGAUUACCACUAGGAUUCUGGACAAUGGUGGAUCAUGUCAAGGUCAGAAGGUGUUUGUUCCAGCAAAGGGCCGGAGUGAUACACUCAUCAAGUCAGUACUAGUCAAACCUGAAGGUGUUCCUGUGGAGAAGACCCACAGCUCUCUGCUGUGCCCCAAAGGAAAAGUUAUGUCCGAAUCCGUUUCCCUGGAGCUCCCGAAGGAUGUUGUGCCUGAUUCCACCAAGGCUUAUGUUACUGUUCUGGGUGACAUCAUGGGCACAGCCCUGCAGAACCUCGACAACCUGGUACAGAUGCCAAGCGGCUGCGGAGAACAGAAUAUGGUGCUGUUCGCGCCCAUCAUCUAUGUCUUGCAGUACCUGGAGAAGUCGGGGCAGUUAACCGAGGAAAUGAGGACGCAUGCUGUGGGCUUCCUGGAGAAAGGUUACCAGCAGGAGCUUCUCUACAAACACAGCAACGGGUCCUACAGCGCUUUCGGGGAGCAGGAUGGAAAUGGAAACACUUGGCUUACAGCUUUUGUCACCAAGUGCUUCAGCCAAGCUCAGAAAUUCAUCUUCAUUGAUGACAAGAUCAUUCAGGAGGCCCUCAAGUGGAUGGCGGGCACUCAGCUGGCCAGCGGCUGCUUCACCAAUGUGGGGAAGCUCCUUCACACAGCUAUGAAGGGUGGCGUGGAUGACGAUGUCUCCCUGACAGCCUACAUCACAGCGGCUUUGCUGGAAAUGGGCAAAAGCCCACAUGAUCCAAUGGUUGCUCAGGGCCUGCAGUGCCUCAGAAAUUCCCUGGCCACCGUCAGCUCCCAGUACUCACAGGCCCUCCUUGCAUACACAUUUUCUCUGGCGGGGGACCUGGAUCUGAGAAGCAAGCUUCUUGAAAAGUUAGACCAGCAGGCCAUCAUCUCAGGAGAGUCCAUUCACUGGAGCCAGACACCCACUCGGUCAUCAAACUCCAGCCCUUGGUUGAAGCCAGAGGCUGUAGAAGUGGAACUUACUUCCUACGUACUGUUGGCCUUGAUCAACAAGCCCAAUCUAAUUCCACAGGAGAUCGCCAAGGCCACUGGUAUAGUAGCUUGGUUGGCCAAGCAACGCAAUGCAUAUGGUGGCUUCGCUUCCACACAGGACACAGUGGUGGCCCUCCAAGCUCUUGCCAAAUACGCUGCCACUGCCUAUGAACCCUCAGAGGAGCUAGGCCUUGUUGUGAAAUCCUCUGGAAACUUCCAGCGCUCUUUCCGCAUUCAAGCCGCCAACCGGCUGGUAUCUCAGCAGAAGGCUCUGCCCUAUGUCCCCGGAGUCUAUAUGCUGGAGGCCUCCGGCCGGGGCUGUGUGUAUGUGCAGACGGUGCUGAGAUACAACAUUUUUCCUCCCAAAACUGCUGAGACCUUUCAACUGAGUGUGGACACUGGAGGUGCUCAGUGUGAGUCCCCUUCUUGGCCUCGCUCCUUGACUCUCAGUAUCCACGUCAGUUAUGUGGGGAGCCGGGGAGCCUCCAACAUGGCCAUUGUGGAAGUGAAGAUGCUUUCAGGGUUCAGUCCUGAGGCGGGCACCCGUCAGCAACUUCUACAACAACCCGUGGUAAAGAAGGUGGAGUCUGCGCCCGACAUGUUGCACAUCUACUUGGAGGAGCUCAGCAAAGAGCCUCAGACCUUCACCCUCACUAUCAACCAAAGCGUGUUGGUCACAAACCUGAAACCCGCAGCUGCCACCGUCUAUGACUACUACCUCCCAGAUGAACGGGUGACUAUUCUGUAUUCUGACCCCUGUGAACAAGGGCUGCAGAAAGGAGGAAAAAAAAAAGAGCCCCUCCGCUCGGCUCCGCGUUCUCCACACUCUGAGGCGACGCGUCACCCAGCCGGCUACGGCCGGCGCGCGCCCCCCCUCCCACCGGGCCCGGCCGGAAGUGGCGGGUCAGGUCUCCGCGCGGGGCCCCACCCCCAGCCCCUGGCCGCCUGCGGCCGCGAGACGCACCUGGAGCUCGCAGCCACCCCGCCCCCUCGGAAGGGAAGGGAGGGGCCCAGCGAGCCCCCCGCCGCCCCGCGCCUGGCGGACCGGGUGUGGGCGGGGGGAACCCCGGUCUCGGCUGCAGGAGCCCCCCCUGCGCACGCCUCGGCCCCGGGCGCUCCUCUGGCGGGGCUUGAGGCCGGCGCGAAGAGCUUCCUACAGUGGGAGGUGCCGUCGAUAGGGUGGCUGGCAGCGCUUGGUAGUUACGAAACCCAGGGCAAUGGCACCUUCUGGAGACCGUGGGAGAGUCCGAGUUGA